GGGGGGAGCGUGGGUUAUCGGUCGCUCCCGGCUCCGCCCCUGCUCGGGCGGAGACUCUGCCGUCGCAUAUAAAGAUCUGGAGCGAGACGCCCGACGCCACAGUCGCUCGUCCAAGGUAUCGGGGCUCGCUGUUUGUUUCGAUUCGCUCUUUACAUCGGCCUGUUCUUGUGUUCCGGUCCCGAGUUUGAGUGUCUGCCCGGCCUGUCGGCUUAUACGAGCACAUCGCUGGCGCCGACGAUGGAGCGGCUCACCGUGAAAGCCUACCUGAUGGGCAAAGAGGAGGCGGCUCGUGAGAUCCGCCGCUUCACCCUGGAGCCGCUCCACGGCCCGGGCCGCUGCGAGAAGCUGCUCCGACGCGUGGCCGAAGUGUUCCCGGCGCUGCGGCCCGGGGGCUUCCAGGCGUACUACCGUGAUGAAGAUGGGGACCUUAUUGCCUUUUCCAGCGAUGAGGAGCUAAGCUUGGGGAUGUGCUACAUCAAAGAGGAUCUCUUCCGGAUUUACAUUAAAGACAUUUCCUGGUCCUGCUUAAUUCACUCUGCAUCAGUUCAUGAGAAGAAGGAAUGUAAGCGGGAGCAUCGUCCCCCCUGUGCCCAGGAGGUUCCCACCAACAUGGUGCAUCCCAACGUGAUCUGUGAUGGCUGCAAUGGGCCAGUGGUGGGAAAUCGCUUCAAGUGUACCGUCUGCCCUGACUAUGAUCUCUGCAGCACCUGUGAGGGCAAAGGUCUUCACAAAGAACAUAACAUGAUUGUCUUUCAAAAUCCCUUGAACACCCACGUGCCUGAGUGGAUUUCCCGCCGACGUUGGCUUCAUAAGAUGAGACAUGGGGCUUUACCUCCAUUUUGGUGGAUUCCAGGCUGGGGAGAUGCUGCUUGUCAUCCCAUGAAUCAGACUGCUCCCCAGGCGCAAACCAGUGGGACUCCCCCCAAUCCAGAAGCAGAACAAGAUGCUUCAGCUAGUACUAGUUCACAACAGGACCUCAAUGUCACCUUCCUGCAGAAUAUAGGUGAAAGUGUGGCGGCUGCCCUUAGCCCUCUGGGUAUUGAUGUUGACAUCGAUGUGGAGCAUGGUGGAAAAAGGAGCAAGGUGACUCCACCCGUCUCUCAGCCCAACAGCGAGGAGGAGAGCCUUCAGCCAAGCAACCCUUCAUCCAGCCAGAGCCCCACAGACCCUCAGAGCUCUGAAAUGGAAGUGGCCGCCCUCUCUGAGCAAAUGGAGAAGGUAAUCGUGGAGUCUUCCAUGCAAGUGGAUGAGAACUCACCAUCCCAAGAACAGACAGAGGCUGGUAACUGUUCAGGAGGAGAUGACGACUGGACUCAUUUGUCUUCAAAAGAAGUGGAUCCUUCCACAGGUGAACUUCAGUCCCUACAAAUGCCAGAAACAGAUGGUUCAGUCUUGAUGGACCAUUCUCAAGAGGGGCCCACAGGGCUCAGGGAAGCUGCCUUAUAUCCACAUCUUCCACCAGAAGCAGAUCCGUGUUUGAUCGAAUCCCUCUCCCAGAUGUUGUCCAUGGGCUUCUCUGAUGAGGGUGGCUGGCUCACCAGACUCCUGCAGACCAAGAACUAUGACAUUGGGGCCGCUCUUGAUGCCAUCCAGUAUUCCAAGCAUUCACCUCAUCCAUAAGAAUCCCUUGCUCCUGGAGCUCCCUUACUUCACUUUUCUGUCCUGUGACCUUUGCACUGACCUGUUGUCAGUCCCAGCUUCUCUGGAAAUUGCACUUAAUCUUUGUGAAGGUUCCUAGUUCUGUGUUCAGUCAUGUUGGAAGCCAUGUCAGUUCUCUUCUUGCACUAGACCACCCACCUCUGACUAUCUGUCAUUGUUUCAAAGGGAGGAGGCAGGAAACAAAGGAUGAUGGGGACUGGCUCCCCUCUGUAACCAGGAGGAAGGUGUGAAGGCGAAAGUGGGCUUUCCUAGUGCUUUGUUUCCCUGUUCCCUUGGUUCUGGUGUAAGAGGACUCUACUGGUUUAUGUCAGUUGUCUUAAAAUUUCACCUCUGUUGUAACCAGUUCUGCAGUUAAACUUGUGAAGAACUAAUGUUGCUUUCUUUUGGUGGAAAAAAAAUUGCCAUAUCCAACACCAUUCAUUCAAUAAACAUUUAUUCAACCUUUA